UUUGGUCGAAACAGCGAGCGGUUCGGACGCGAAUUCGGACGCGAUUUUGUAUCGGGUUAUUAUUUGGGUUGUUACGUUCUCCGCGGUCGUUUCUUGUUUCUUUGUUUCGUCGGAUUUUCGCGUGUGAAGGCGCGCAGGCAAAACUAAUCAUACAUAAUCAUACAUUUUCGUGGAGAAAAAACACACGGCAAUGUAAAUGUUUGAUUAUUUUCAUUUAAAACGGAGCCAAACAACUGUGUAUGUGAGUGUGUGUGUGUGUUUGCUGGCUGCGUGCUUGUGUGGAAAAGUGAAAAUGCGAUUUGGGCCAUAAUUGUAUUGAAAUUCUUAGCAACAACAAAGCAACACCUCGAAUUGGUGGCAAAAAAAAUAAAAUUAAAAGAAAAAGAAAAGAAAAACCGAACAAAACAGAAAUAACAAAAAAAGGUUCAGGCUAAGAAGUGGAAAAAGUGAGCGGCGGUGGGAUUUUUCUGUGCUGGCCAAGUGGAAAAGGUCUUAAUUGAAUAAAUAUUAAUCGGAAAUUCGGCUUCGCGGAAUAAUAAUAAAAAGUAAUUAAUGUCUCUUGUCCCGCUCGCACUUUCUGCCUGACCUCGGUUAUCAUAUGUUUAAUGUUCUUGUUGUUGCUUCGAAUGCGCUGCAACAUUUUGUUUUGUUGCCAUGCUGAAAAUUGUUUUCAUCCCUGCGUAAAAAUAGUUUCAAAUAUAUAUAAUAAAAAAAAACCCCCAAGGAGUGAAUGAAAAAAGUUCCCCAAACAAAUCAAUUGAUCGAGAAAAGGAGCAUAUAAAUCCACGUCUACUCUUUUAUUGCUAUUGUUUUAUUGGAUGAUGAUGGCUUCUGCAACUCAGGGGUCAGUGAUGAAACCCCCAACUUUCGUGUCCAGGUGCUAGGAUCCACUUUUGCAUCGCUUUAACAACAGCAUUUGCAGAUUCGAAUCGGGAUACGAACUCCCACCUACACUGAUAUAAGCCGCAGAUAAUCCACACAUAUCCGAGGUAGAUCGUGGCCAGGCCGAAGAAUUCAAUCUGAUGGUUGUGGCUUGCGAAGAUGCCUUCAGCGAACACGGAAGACUUGCGGCGAAAGUUUCUAGUAGUGCAGCAGCAGCGCUCAGCACCGCCCAACCUGGCUGGCGACAGUCUGCCCUCGGCGAUACCCAAUGUCGGUGUCAACUCAGCGACCACCAGCCUGAUGAUGACGACGUCCACGGGUCUGGGAGGAGUGACAAUGGGCGCCGGAGAACCCGAGCGAACCUAUGUCUUUCCAGGCGGCAAUCCGCUAGUAGGUAGCGCACCUGGCGGAGGACAGGGCAUACCCGGAGUGGCCAUGGCGGCUCCCUCGAGGGGCCAUGCCCGCUCAAUUAGCCAUGGUGGAGGAGCCAUUGUCGGGGCCAACGGACGACCCAUAAAGUCGGCCAUGAAGGGUCACCAGAGGGCUUUUUCGCAGGGUCAAAUCACAGACUCACCACCUGGAAGUGCUGCGCCGGCGGGUAGAGGUCACAGUCGCGUGGGAUCCAAAACGGAUUUCAUCCUGCCACCGGGUCACAAGGAGGAACCGGCAAGGGAACCCUCGGCGCCCACCUCAGCGGCUGGGGGGCGUGGCCAUUCGCGGCAAGCCUCAAGAUCCGAAUCAAUAUACACACUCCGGCGUACAGAAGUACCGCCCUGGUGGAAACGCCUCAGCCUGUGCAAUUACAACACCGCCGAUAAGUUGGAGGAGCGGAGCUAUCGGAUGGUGGUGCCCAAUCACACGGUGCCACCAAAGACACCCAAAAGGGACCAUCCCAAUGGACAGUUUGUGGGCAACAAGAUACGGACGACGAAGUACACGCUGCUCUCGUUCAUACCGAAGAACCUGCUGGAGCAGUUCCAUCGAGUGGCCAACUUGUAUUUCAUCUUCAUUGUCCUGCUCAACUGGGUGCCGGAAAUCAGUGCCUUUGGCAAGGAGGUGGCCAUGAUACCGGUGCUCUUCGUCCUGGGAGUGACGGCCGUAAAGGAUCUCUUCGAGGAUCGGAGAAGAAGGGCGUCCGACAAGAGGAUAAAUAACACCACCUGUCGGGUGUACGAUGGAGAGACGGAGCGGUACAAGAAGGUGAAAUGGCAGGACCUGCGUGUGGGGGACAUUGUCCAUCUGUCCAACAACGAGACGGUGCCGGCGGACAUUCUGCUGUUGCGGACAAGCGACCCCCAAGGGGUCUGCUACAUAGACACCUGCGAUUUGGACGGGGAAACGAAUCUGAAGCGUCGCGAGGUUGUACGUGGCUUUGAGGAGAUGCAGAGCAUUUUUGUGCCCAGCAAGUUUGUGAGUCGCGUGGAGGCGGAUGCGCCGACAACGAAGCUAUAUAGAUUCCAUGGGGCCUUAAUACAUCCAACUGGGGAGCGUGUGCCCAUAUCGACCGAGUGCCUUUUGCUGAGAGAGAGCAGACUGAAGAAUACGGACUAUAUCGAGGGUAUCGUGGUCUAUGCGGGACAUGAAACCAAGUCAAUGCUAAAUAAUAGUGGUCCAAGGUACAAGCGAUCCCAGGUGGAACAGCAAAUGAAUAUUGAUGUGAUAUGGUGUGUGAUAAUAUUGUUGAUAUUGUGCGUUGUUGGCGCUGUAGGUUGCAGAAUGUGGUUGAGCUCAUUUACCCAAUUCCCGGUGCCAUAUCUGCCGCCGAAUAAACUGACUGCCAAUAUGGAGAGCAUGUGGAUUUUCUGGACAUAUAUCGUGAUCCUGCAGGUGAUGAUUCCUCUCUCCCUCUACGUGACCAUCGAGCUGUGCAAGAUCCUGCAGGUCUUUCACAUCCACAACAAUGUCGAUCUAUACGAUCAGGAGACCAAUAAGCAGACAGAAUGUCGAGCGAUGAACAUAACAGAGGAGUUGGGGCAGAUACAGCAUAUAUUUACUGACAAAACAGGUACUCUCACUGAGAACAAGAUGAUCUUUCGACGCUGCGUUGUAAACGGAUCGGAUUACAACCAUCCACCCUCGGAGCUGGAAAAGAUAUACUCGAAGCCAGGAGCUCCGGCUCCGCCGCUUAUUCCGAAUGAUAACUUAAAUAAUGACAUGGCACAACUCACACAAGGAGUCUAUCUCACACCACAUGCGCAACGCAUCCAAGAGUUUCUGGUGGUGCUGGCCAUUUGCAACACGGUAAUCGUGGGUGCCGCUCCCCAUCGAGAUUUGAUGAAUGCCAGUGGUAUUAUCGAGGUGCAGCAAAUAGGCAAUAGUCCGGCGAACCUCAAACACGGCAAGCAACGACAGAAACUAUUGGCCGGCACCACAACGACGACCACAAGGACAACCAUAAUAAAUGGACCUGCGACACAGCAACAGGCCAUAUCCAUUCCAGCGGAUCGUUAUAUCCGUCUGGCAGAAUCACGAUCGGUGACACCUUCUCCGCCGCCCAAUCUUCUAUUUGCGCUGCCCGCCCAGAGUCAUCAGCCCACUCUUUCGCCCAUCAGCAGUUCGGCGGAAUCGUCACCGAACUCUGAGUCUGAAUCACCAUCACCACCGAUGAAGAACAAGGCGCUUUCCAACAGUAUUUCGCCCACAGGAAGGGCCAAGGCAGUGAUCAACUCUAAGAUCACUAGUAUAGCAACCUUCCUGAAUGCCAAAACACAGGGAAAGCGGUUGAAAUUGCCAUCAUCCAAAACGGAGACGAUUUACAGAACCGCCGAUGGGCGGCCGCUUUACGAAGCUGAGAGUCCCGAUGAGUUGGCCCUGGUGAAUGCUGCCUAUAGCUAUGAAUGCUGCCUGCUGAAUCGCAGUGCCAACCAAAUCUUGGUCAGCAUGCCCACAACGGGAGCCACAAGGGAGUACGAGAUUCUCAAGGUACUGCCCUUCGACUCCAGUCGCAAGUGCAUGUCCAUUGUGGUGCGGCAGAUAGGCACCCAGGAGAUUGUGCUGUACACCAAGGGUGCGGAUAGUUCCAUCAUGCCCGUAUUGGUACCCUGCUCGCAUAACAGUCCCGAGGGCAUCCUGCGAGAACAGACCCAGCAACAGCUGGAUCGCUAUGCCCGCGAGGGUUUGCGGAUCUUGGUGAUGGCCAAGCGGACCCUGAACUCCGCCGACUAUACGGAUUGGUGGGCACGUCAUCAGGAAAUCGAGAUGUCGCUGGAGAACCGCGAGCGAAGAUUGCGCGACUCGUUCGCGAAGUUGGAAAGCAAUCUGACCCUGUUGGGGGCAACAGGAAUCGAGGAUCGCCUGCAGGAUGGAGUGCCGGAGACGAUAGCAUCGCUACUCUCCGCUGGGAUCUCAGUUUGGGUUCUGACCGGCGACAAACCCGAAACGGCCAUAAAUAUUGCCUACUCAGCAAAACUAUUCACCCAGCAAAUGGAGCUCAUCAGGUUGACAGCACGAUCCCGCGAUGCAGCAGAAACAGCCAUAAAUUUCUAUCUGACUGACAUGGAGAACGACAAGACCACAUCCUCGUUGGGCUAUGGCCAGACGUUAAGAAAGAAACAGCGCGCAUUGGUAGUAGAUGGAAAGACUCUUACCUUUAUUCUAGAUCCGAAGUCCAAGCUGAUUAUGCCGUUUCUGCGGUUGUCCAAGCGGUGCGCUUCGGUACUCUGUUGCCGUUCCACGCCGCUGCAGAAGGCGUACCUAGUCAAAGUGGUCAAAGAGGAGCUCAACCUGCGCACACUGGCCAUCGGGGAUGGCGCCAACGAUGUGUCCAUGAUCCAGAUGGCAGAUGUGGGCGUUGGAAUCUCAGGUCAGGAGGGCAUGCAGGCCGUUAUGGCCGCCGAUUUCACUCUGCCCCGCUUUCGUUACCUAGAACGCCUGCUGCUGGCGCAUGGCUAUUGGUGCUACGAUCGAUUGUCCCGCAUGAUCUUGUACUUCUUCUAUAAGAAUGCGGCCUUUGUCUUUCUGAUAUUCUGGUACCAGUUGUACUGCGGAUUCUCCGGUCAAGUGAUGAUGGAUCAGAUGUACUUGAUGCUGUACAAUUUGAUAUUCACCUCGCUGCCGCCCUUGGCCAUUGGAGUGUACGAUAAGCGUGUGCCCGAAGAUCUCCUACUAAAAAAUCCAUAUCUCUAUAAAAAUGGUCGACUGGGCGUAGCUUACAGACCGCAUGACUUCUGGCUGAUAUUACUGGAUUCCCUCUAUCAGAGUCUGGUCAUAUUCUUUGUGGCGCUGUGCGCCUAUGCGGAGAACGAUGUGGGGAUCUGGGAGUUCGGCACGACGAUAACGGCGUCCUGCCUGUUCGCCAAUCUCGUGCAUUGUGCCAUUGAAAUACGUUCCUGGACUGUGCUGCAUGUCUUAUCCAUAGUGGUUAGCUUAGGUUCCUUCUACCUCUUUUCGAUUGUGUACGAUUCGAUGUGCUUGAACUGCUUCGGAGUGCGCUCCUCGUACUGGGUGAUCUUUGUGUGCUUCGGCUCUGCAGUCCACUGGCUGGUGAUAUUGCUCUCCACAGUGGUGGCUGUUCUGCCACGCCUGCUCCUGACCACCGUGCGCAUCUCGCUGUGUCCCGACGACAGCACCAAAGUUAUCCUGCAAAGCAAACGUGAGCGCAGCAGAGAAUCACCGAUUAUGGGUCUAAGAAUCAGAUUAUAACAACGAUUACCUGAUGGAGCGCCAAAAUGCAAUUCCUCGGCUAUCUCAGCAGCAACUAGAAUAAGAAAACACGACUAGCAAUCCACAAAUUUGUACACAUGUGCUUUCACUCUAAAUAUGUGGCCUUCGACACCGAUUAUUAAUAAUAUUGCUUUAGUUUAGUUGACCCACUUUGGUCCGUAGGUUCCGAAAGCAUUUAGCUUAAAUGUACUUAGUGAUCAAUUGUAAUGAUUUGUUUAGCGAAUGAUUUGUUGCAGACGCGCUUAGAUUUCCGAGUUAUCGUUCCGAGUUUUAGUUAAAAUGUUAAGGCAAGGAAAGCAAUUGCACAGUUGCACGCAUGUCAUAGUUUACAUAUUUAUUUGUAUAUAAGUAGAGAGCUAGUGCUCUAGGACCGAACCCAACCUAACCGACUAUUGUUAAACAGAACCGAAAAUACAAUGCUAAUUCACGUGGGUACAAUGUACGAUAAUUUAAACUAGCUACUUAUAUAUGUAUCACCCUAACAGAAAUACUUGACAAUUCAAACACAACAGGACUCCAUUGCGAGUUCGAUGAAAAGGCUGUGAUUCUACACUCAUGAAGGAUAUAUAAUUAUAAGAUUAUAAGAUUAUUAUACACACACCUAUAGACCUAGACUUGUACGAUAGUUGCAUUGAUUCAAGUAUUGACAGAAUUGUUUCUCACCUUCUGUUUCUUAGUUUGUUGUGUGAACAAGUGAAUUUUUUACUUUUUUAUUGAGACCAUGCAAUGACAAGUGGUAAUAAUCGAUUGUUGUAAUCCAUUAGUUGUACUAAACCAUUUACUCUACUCGUAGUCCUCUUCAAAAAGAAUACAAUAAGACAAACUCUAAAUGCAA